AUGGUAUCUGAAUCUCCUAGGCCUUUGGGCAUUGACGUCUCACAUUCCACUAUGGAGUCGCCACCAGCCAUUGCCGCCUUAUUCGUCAUCAGCUUCGACAUCAGGGCCGGAUAUGUGGUCUCGUGGAAGCAAACUGUGCCGGGAGUUGAGGUUGAAGGGGUUGUGGAAUACAAAUCACUACCCUCUGGGCUGCACAAUGUGACUGAAGACCUGGUGUACUUCGUCCAUGAACAGUAUGCCGGUAUCAGCGCGUUCCUCAAUCAUCCCGCCACGGAGGCCGAACGCAAUGCGAAUAUGUUUGCGAUCGGAGUUCUGGUGCCCCUCAGCACCGGAAGACUUGGGAAGAGCUGGCGACACGCUCCAAGGCUCAAGGAACUGACGCUGAAAUACGCCGAGAACAUGUCAGAUAUGCAGCAUCUGUCUGAUUACUGGGAGACAUAUAGGAUAGGAGGGACCGAUUCUUCAGCGCCUGAAUCCCCCAUCGACUCGCCUCUUAGUCUUCGAUUCAGACCUGGCGAGCGACCAGAUCACUCGAGUCGCAACCGCGCCUUCAGCGAUGCAAUGGUACUGGAAACGUUCAGGCCGGCCUUGACGCCCUUCCAUCCCGCUUCAUCGCUUCCAGAUUUCACGGAAUGCUUCGGACCUCUGAUCUUCCCCCUCUACAGAGCAGCUUUGCUGCGCAAGCGGAUUCUCUUCAUGGGCGAGGCUCCUGUACACACAUCUUGCAACUACGUAUAUGAUCUAUCUCUCUUAGCCUCAUUGCCCAACUCCCUCCUGCAGCUACUCCCCGACGAUCGCAUACCACCACUACGCCCCCGCCCCCUCUUCAACGUCGGCAUCCAUGAUAUUCCCUACCUCUCCUCCUUCGAUCCAUUGCGCAGCAUCAUAGACCUCGAAACAGACCCAAGCUGGAUCGCGUGCUCCACCGACACCGUCUUAACCAUGAAACCCGACCUCUUCGACGUCCUCGUCACCCUCCCCGCACCAUAUUCACAACAAACCGCUGAGCGAACCUUCCCCAAAAUCUCCCUAGUUCAUAACACAGGCGGCAAACCCAACCAAACCCAACAAAUCCAGCUAAAAGCAACGCAGCGCGACGCCCGCCGCUACUCAAUGCUCCGCCGCGGACUCCGCCAAUUCUCCAACGACUGCCCCACAUCCCCAGAACAAGAUUCCUCAGACACAGACUCAACUUACUCCUCCAGCCCCGUCGUCGAGCCUAUCUCCUGGACCCGCCUCGCCUACACAUCCUUCAUCUGGUGGGCCUCCGCCGGCGAGAACCGCGACGGCCUAUCAGAGGAAGAAGAAGAACAGCAGAUAGAACAAGACUCCCGCCUUCUGGCAAGCGUCGAGAGUCUCGUCCGCCCUCCCUACAACUCAAUCUCCCACUCCGACCCACCCCGCAAUCCCCUCCAGGAAGACCAGCAGCCGGCUGAAGUCGCGCUCGUCGCAUACUUCCGCCGCCUGACGUCGCAGAUCUUCGUUACGUUGGCUGGCGCCAUCGCCCGCUAUGAUAGCGACCUCGACGACGAUGCCUAUAAUGAUGCGCCGUAUAUCGAUGAAGAUUAUGAUACCGAUGCUUCGCUCUCAAUGUCUCGUCAGUCUAUCCAUGGCGACGAGGGGAGUUCGCCUUUGCUUCGGCAGCGGUCGAGUGUGAGCGGGUCUGCGAGUCAUGGGUCGAGAGCUGGUCACCGGGACAGCGGUGCGCAUGACGUUGUCACGAUUACGGUGGCAGAUAUGGCGGAGAUGGGCCUUGAUGUGUGGAGUGCUACGGACCGGAUCUUUGUUGAGGAGUUGGUUUCUUUGUGGUGGGGUCGUGGUGCGAAGGUUGAUAGUGCGAGGAUUAGAUGUUGUGGGAUCUCGGUUUUGUAG